AUGGAGAAAGCAACCAAGUCAGUCAGGCUGAGUCAACCCUCUGUUAGAAAGAUGAACAAAGCAGUGUUGAACAGGAAAAUUUCCAAAAUUGAUAAACUGGUUAAGUUGUAUAAGCAACUGAGAGAGGCAAUAACGAAACUGGAGAAUCGGGAAGUAUCUUUUGGUCAAGAUUACGAUGAACAAUUUGAAGAGGCCUGCAAUAUUCGUCUGCUAAAACUUAUACAGAGGCGUUUACAAAUACAUAACUAUUUGGUUCGGAAAGGAAUUUUUGUUAGCGAUACAGGGGAAACCAUUCUUCCGGAUGUGAAACCAAAGCUGGUAAUAACUUCGACAGGUGUUGAAGAUUUAAAUAUGCUUUUGACUGAAUAUGUUAAUCAAGAAACUGACUCUGAAAUUUUGGACUGUAAAAUACGAAUACCUUACAAGCAUGUCACUGUAAACGAUGUGAAGAUGCUGGUAAACAAAUUAAAGGAAACAAAUAAUACACAGCUUUUUCGAGAUGAUCCUUUGGGAUUUGAUCAGUUGGUUCAAAAUAUUGCAUGUGAAGUAAAUAAAAUGGUGAAGCGAUUCAUUGAAGACAAUCAUCGAAUGGGUCUUGAUGACUGGGCUGUUCUAGAUCAUGCAAAUGAAAGCGGAAAUUUUCCAUCUACGUCAACUGAUGUAGGUGCUACGGAAGACGGAGAACAUCCGCCUAGUGUACCAACCUGGGAUAUUGCUAAUAUGGAAUUGCAUGAGGCUUGCGGUCGAGGUGAAUUGGACUAUCCGGAACCAGAAAACAGUGGUGAUGUAGAUGAUACCGAAAUGUCACCGACUGCUGAUGAAGAGGAAGAAGAUGAAGAGGAAUACGAGAGUGAUACUCAAUACAGUGCUAAUGGAGAUAUGAUGAAUAAGAAUAGCGAGUCUGAUGACAGUUGCUGCAUUGUCGAGGAGCAACUACAUGAACAGUGCGAGAGAAGCGACGACAGCGAUUGUUGCAUAAUCGAAAAUAACGAAAAAACGACCUUAGAAGGAAUUAUUAAUGAAAAUAUCGAAAACAUAGGAGCACAAUCAGAAAGUCCUUCAGAAAAUGGAAAAAAGGAUAUGGAAUUGGAUGAAAAAAUAGUUAAUGAUGAUGACGAUUGCUGUAUCAUCGAGGACUGA